AUGUCUGGCAUAACUGAAUCCUACGACGCAAUCAUUGUCGGGGCAGGAAUUGCUGGCAUCAAUGCUGCUUAUCGAUUCCAGGAGGCGUUUCCUCUCAAACCGUAUGCCAUUUUGGAAUCUCGCAAUGAGCUCGGUGGGACAUGGUCAAUUUUCCAAUACCCAGGAAUCCGGUCUGACUCGGACUUGUAUACCCUGAGUUUCGGAUGGGACCCUUGGAGUGAAGCUGAUUCGAUCGCACCGGUUCAACGCAUCAUGUCUUACUUAUGGCGCAUUACGAGGAAGCACGGCAUUGAGCCACACAUCAAGUUCAAUCGCAAAGUGCUCAGUGCGAAUUGGGAUAGCCACGAGCAUCGAUGGACGCUACAGGUCAAUGCGGAUGGAUAUGUCAAAAGCAUGACUGCGACGUACCUUUACAUGGGAACUGGGUACUACGACGGCACGAAUCCUUAUGAGGCGCACAUUCAAGGUAUUGAGAGAUUCCGGGGAGCGAUCCUACAUCCCCAGUUCUGGCCGAAAGACUACGACUACAGUGGCCAGAAGGUGGUCAUCAUCGGCAGCGGAGCCACUGCUGUUACCAUGCUACCUGCCAUGCAUGAGAAGGCCGAGAAAGUAACCAUGUUGCAACGAAGCCCCGGUUACGUCUUGAGCUUGCCCCAGAAGGAUUGGAUGCGGACACUUACUCGCCUGCUAUUUCCGAGGUUUAUAGCCAACGCUCUCAUUCGAUUUCGCUAUAUUGCAUCUGCCUAUGCCAUAUUCAUUCUUUGCAAGAUGUUCCCAGCCGCUGUUAGGAAGUAUGUUCAGGCAGAAGCCAGGUCGCAACUGCCGGAGGAUUUUCCCGUCGAAAAGCAUUUCGCACCCAAGUACAACCCAUGGGACCAAAGAUUCUGCAUUGCACCUGACGGAGACUUUUACAAAUGCUUGGGAACGAACAAAGCGGCUGUUGUCACUGAUGAGAUCCAAACGGUGACGGAAGAUGGGAUUUUGCUAAGAUCCGGCAGCCACAUUCCGGCAGAUCUCAUCGUUACUGCGACCGGACUGCGGGUGAGGUUCCUGGGCAACAUCAAUAUCACCAUCGACGGCGGCCAACCUGUCCGCAUAUCGGAGGUCUCCUUCUAG